UAAAUUAAACUUUAUAAAAAUAAGGGGUGUUCUUUUGUAUUUCAAACAUUUGGCAACAAAAUUACGAAAAGUGGAACCUUCCAUUCCAGUUCCCGCAUCUCCGGCCGGCUACUUUAUUCGAAUCCAGGUGGUGGUUGGCCUCUUCUCCCUCGGAGGCUGUACCACCGGAAGCGGUGGCUAUCGUAAUGGCGUCAAUUUUUUGCUGCAAAUCUAAGGUUCAUCUAGAGCCAAAUCGCUCCCGAUGAUUCUCACUUCUCAGGCUUCUUCAUCUAUGGGGUCGGGUGAUUUCAAUCGUUUUGUUUCAUGAAUAGAAAAUUCAGAUCCAUUGUUAAUAUUUUUUAUCCAUAAUAGUGGAUCUAGAGGAAUCGGCUUGAUCUUUGCUUGCUAUCGAAUAUUUGGUUUUAAUUAUACAUUUUCCGCCUUAAUUUCUGCAACCAUUUUCGGUUUCCGCCAUCUUAAUCGAGUCAAAUAGUAUUUUGUGGAGUUCUCGAAAAGUCUCUGUGAUUUCCAUGUGCGUUAUGGCUUGCUGGUUAAGCUUGAAAGUAUAAAUACAUCCCGGAAUUAAAAUAAUACACUACAAGCCCUUGGUGAGCCGCAGAUGCAGGUACAAGCAUAAAAUAUAGUAAAUGCCAUAUUCAAUUACCUUAAUACAGUGAAUUUUGCAUCUCAAUGAACUCGGGGUUUUGUUACACAGAUAAGAGGAUUGUCUCUCUUUUCGUGUUCUUGUGGCUUCUGUUUCUGGUUUCUGAAUUUUCAGAUGGGAAGAUGUUACAGAUCUUCUGCAGCAGCUAAAGAUUUGGUUUUGUUCUACUGGUAAUGUUCACUUCUCUCAGAUGCUCUUUGGGUUGAUUUCUGUCUGUGUGUACAAAGAGAGUAAAGGAUGCGAAAGGUGAAUGCUUUGUUGAGGGUUGGAACUUUCAGUGGCCUCAAUAGGCCGAUAUAUGUGUUGGCUGGUUUGGCAUUUCUCAUAUCUGUGACCACACUUACCAAAUUCAAUUACAUCACACCGAUUAGCAUUUCUGACCGGUUCUGUAACUAUCAUGGAAGCUUUGAAGGUCACAGCAGAGUUGGAAGCCAAACAAGGCAGACCUUAGAGGACGUUGUUCUGAAAAUUCAGCAGGAAAUUGAACAUCUCAAGGUUUCAGAUUCCUUGGCUGAAGCUUCAGCCCCAUCAUCUGCAUCAUCGGAGUUGGGAUCUAUGUCUAGGCACAUAGCUUUUCUUGCUGAUGUGCUUGGCCUCAUUCAGUCAGUUCAUACGGCAUUGCACGUGUACGAAGAAAAUAUUGUAGCCAGUCAUCCAUUGAAGCAGCAGGAUGGUGACCCGAGCGAAUACUUUCUGAGAGAGGAAAUAAGGAAGUAUGUGCGGAUAAAGCCUAACCGACUAGGGAAGCAGAACUUUAUGGGAGCUAAUGGAACUUUCACCUCAAUUGGGCACGCUUGUUUUGCCAUGAAGGAAGAUCUAGAGGAGUACAUGGACUAUGACGUGGGUGAAAUCUGCAAUGAUGACUGGAAACUGGCACAAAAGUUGAUGGUUCACGGCUGUGACCCACUACCCCGAAGAAGGUGCUUCGCCAGGGCACCGCAACUAUACUACAAGCCUUUCCCGAUCAAUGACUCUCUCUGGAAGCUUCCGGAUAACAGGAACGUGAGAUGGAGUCAGUACAGGUGCAAGACUUUCUCUUGCCUUGCUGCCAACACUACUGCAAGAAAAGGCUUCUUCAAAUGCACUGAUUGCUUCAACCUCACACAUCAUGAAAUGCCCAGAUGGAUUGAACAAGGAGAGGUCGACCCGGAAACAAACCAGACGGCGGAUUUCUUGAUACCCGAAGUACUCAGCAUCAAACCGGGAGAGAUCAGAAUUGGGUUGGAUUUUAGCAUUGGCACCGGAACCUUUGCAGCAAGAAUGAGAGAGCAAAAUGUCACGAUCGUGUCAGCAACCAUCAACCUCGGGGCUCCAUUCAACGAGAUGAUCGCUCUUCGUGGUCUGGUCCCGCUCUACUUAACAGUGAACCAAAGGCUACCGUUCUUCGACAACACGCUGGACAUGAUUCACACCACAAGAUUCCUCGACGGGUGGAUCGAUCUGAUACUUCUGGACUUUGUGCUGUUAGAUUGGGACAGGGUUCUGAGGCCGGGAGGGUUGUUGUGGAUAGACAGUUUCUUCUGUCUGAAAGAGGAUCUGAAUGAUUAUCUGGAAGGGUUUAGGGCGUUGAGGUACAGGAGACACAAGUGGGUUGUGGUACCUAAGAGAGACAAAGAUGAAAGGGAAGUCUUCUUCUCUGCCGUCUUGGAGAAACCCCCUAGACCCUUCAGAUGAAACGGAAGUCUUCUUCAUUUUCGCAAUCUUGAUAUUGAUCUUUACCGUUGUGUGUAAUAUUUAGAAUGUUGGUUUUGAUUAUAUGAUUGGCUACAUUUGUAUAAUUUCAUAAAGAAUAAUGUAGAGAAAUAUUUCUCAUUUUUA